AUGCUGAAAUUUGCAACUUACACAGUCGCUUGGAUUCUUACGAUCCUUCUGUUAAUUGCUCCUGUCAUUAAAACCGAGAGAUAUAAUACUGUUAAUACCCACUUAUCCACGCGUCACUAUCAUAAUUACAAUUAUUCCCAAGAUUUGUCCAACAACAUACUGUCCAAAUCUAUAAAAAGGAAUAACAAGUGCCAAAGCUACCAAGUCGAUUAUAAAUGGAGACGGAGAACGUUAUGUGCAAUUCCUGAUAAUGACAAAUAUUCUACGGGAAGUCCACUUGAAAAUAACAAAGGAAUAGGUAAAAGGAAGAUAUUAUUAGAUUACGGUGAACCAGUUCCCAUGAAUGAUGUCGAUGAUCCAGAUUCUUUAACAACACAUGUACGAGUAAAAAGAAGCAAAGCAGAAUCAGACUCCAUUUCGUCAUUUAGAUAUCAACAAGAUUAUUUAAAGGAUUUGGCCAACUCUUUUCCUCGAGAUUCAUACGAGUUAAUAGGAGAAAACUUGUACGAUGACGAUGCGUCGUUCGAUAGGAAACGAGAAAUUAAAUCACAGGAAUACUUUGUAAAUGACAAACAGUUCAAUGCAAUUCCAGAUGAGAAUGCUGCAAUCACGGUUCCUUCAUACUUUGGUGAAGAUAAAUCCGACGUUAAUAAUUUUAUUAGUUCGCAGUUUGCCGCUAGUGGAACAGAUGCAUUAGGGAACAACAAUGUAAAAUUUAUAGAUCGAACAAAAAGCAAGGAAAGUGUAUCGUUACAAGAGCCAUUGAGCGAUGUUAUUAUAGACCGGAAAUCAUAUGAAAAUCCGGAAGAUGAAAAUUUACCAGAUCCUAUACCAGCGGUAGAACUUGUUAGGAAAAAACGAAACGAUUAUUCAAAGAUAUAUAACAAAAAGAAUUUAAAAGAGCAAAAUUCAUCUGAUCAGCAAGCUAAAAAAGAAAAAUCGUCUAAUGAAAAAGAACAAUCAAUUCCCGAAUUAGAAACAUUUAAAGAACAUUCGAAUCCACCCAGUUCAAAUAUCGCUGAUCUUAGAGUAGAUCUGUUACGGUUCAGGAGAAAAACGAGGAACAAUAAUGGAGACAAAAUAAAGAAAUUAAAACAGAAAAAGAAACGCAUAGGGAAAAAACAUGAUUUUCCAAAAAAUUCUCUGUGGUCAAUAAAAGACGUUCGUUCGAAAAAUAUGGGUCGAUCGAGAGUGUCUCGCAAGAGAAAAAUGGAUGAAACGAAAAACGAGGGUAAUUUAAAAGUAGGAAUUGUCAAUGUAGUGGCUAAGAAAAAUAAUGACAACAAUUUUCGCCGUAGAUCCGUAAAGUCGAAAAAAUCCAUCGAUAGUACUGAUUCUGAAAACGAUCAUCUCUCAAAAAAUGUUCCAUCAACGUUGCAUGCAAAACUGGAGGCAAAAAGUAAGAAUAAAAUCGACGACGAUAUUUCCGUACUUUCAUUGGUGCAAAGAGACUCGAAAGCUGCGGGUGGCGCUGGUGAUUCUAAGGCGGGAACGGAUAAAAGUUCAAAUGCAUUCGUCGUACAAAAUGAGAAGCAAAAACCAUUCGUAGAAACUGAAAAAUUAAUGCCACCACAGGAUUCUAAAUUACGCGCAAAGAGAAAUAAACAUACUGAAUCGAAUCAUGGUUUCUUAAAUAAGGAAGAGGAACUGAAGUAUUAUAAGAAUAUACAGGAGCCUGGAACUGUAGUGGAUCAUUGUGAUGACGAAGAUGAAAAUCAACUUUCAAUGAUAGAUAAAAUGGGUCCUAAUCGAGCAGUAAGAUCGAUUGAAGAAGUUAAAGAACUCGCAAAGAAAUUAGUAACAAAGGUAAAUGAGUUACAAAGUUACUUAAACAUUGAAGAAACAGCAGGAAACGAAAAACAAGAGACAAAAUUAAAAACACGUGCGAUCGAUGAUUUAUGUUCAAACGUUAGCAGUGGUUGUGGCGCUUUUAAAGAAGCACCUGAAAUUGUCCAGAAAUGUGUAUCGUCAAACUAUGACAGAUCUACGACCAAAAUCGUUGAAAGAAAAGCGAAUCCAGUUGAAAUGACAAAGAAACAUAAAUUAGAAGUUAAGAUCCCAAAAAAACAUUCGGUAGAAAAAAGAAGAUCAGUGGCUAGACACGUUGUUAAAACAUCGUCGAGUACUUCAAAGGCAAUUCGUAAUGAAGAAGAAACAAAAUCGGGUCGUAAAUGGGGGAAAUGGACAGACUGGAGCAGCUGUAGUAUUACUUGCGGUAAAGGUCGUCAAAUAAGAUGGCGAUAUUGUUUACGCGAUUGUAGUACUGCAGAAACCGAGAUGGAAGAGAAAGCUUGCCAAUUGCCAGCUUGUCCACCAGGAAAAUUCCUUGGUAUAUUUUAAUAACUGUUAAUAUUUAGCGACUUCAUUACGAAUCGAAGCACAAUAAUUCAAGAAUUACUUUGUCUAUAUUAAUGUAUGACUACAUAGUAAUUUUGUAUGUCGAAUACAUAUAAUUUAUAUAGCAUGUUUUAUGUAAAAAGAUAAAGGGAAAGAUUUUUUUCAAAUAAAGAACUGAAUUAAUUAACUUUAAUCGUUAGUCAUGUCAUUAGUUAAAUUAUUGAAACAAACGACAUCAACACUGUUGUGUAACAAAUCACAUGAUGUAUAUUUUUUCCGUUUCAUUACCAAAUACACAAUAUAUUAUAUAGAAUAUCUUAAACAAAACUUCUUUUCUUCAUACGUAUUCACAAGUACCGAGUUUUCGUUGCUUAAGCGAAGAUCGUUUUUCUUUUUACUGUAUCUCAAUCAUUAUGUUUUCGCAAAGAGUCAAUUACGACGCAAUAAUUCACUUUUGCUUUUUUCUUUAAUUUAAAACAUCACAAAAUAUUAGCGACGGUGGAUAAAAUAUUGGGGUUACUCACAAAUAUCUAGUGGUACCAUUCCAUAACAGUUGUUUCGCAAAUGUACAAUCACAUAAUUCAUCGGAUCACAUUGUAUUCUUUUGUCUACGGUCCACACGUAUUUUCUUUUUUACACUCGUUAAACCUCCUAUUGUACAUAUCCUUUAUUCAACAACCACUCAUUUCUCCUCGUUCAUAUUUUGUUGCUUAUAACCUAGUAUUAUCGUGUAAAUCGUAUAAACAUGAUUUCCUUUUCGUGGUAUUUAAUAUACAAAUCGCUAAAAAGUUUCUAAAUGUAAGGCUCUGGAAACAUUUUUCGUGUAAAUCGUAAUCCCUUAAUUUAAGUUGGGGAGAAGGAACGGGUUAACAAAAAUCCUUAAUGUAUGUCGGAGAGGUGGAACGGGUUAACAAAAAUCUGUGUUUACAAUAUUUACGUAUCUACAAUGAGAUGAUAUACAUUCACCUACGUGAUCACGCGUAGGCAAAGAUCACAGUAACUGUCAUCCCGGUUGCACCAAAUCGGUAAGUUAUGAGUCGUGAAAUUGACGCAACACGGGACGGUCGUAAGCACAGUUUUUCACGUCUAAUCAGGCACCACCGUGUCUAGAGGCGCACAUCGCGGUCUUAUAGACUAAAAUUUGCAGAUUGUUGUUCAGAAUAAUUUUGUUGUAGCAUCGUAGAGCUAUCUUUGAUUGCGAAUAUAGAGUGCAGAAUAUUCCACAUAACCUCACCACAAAUAGCUUCGUAAACGAUCCAUUGCAUACCUCGUUCCUUUUUUCGUUACACACCGUAUCUCCACGAAACGAUUCAAUGAUAUAUACAAAAUACAAGCAAUUUGAAUCGAAUGAACUCCAAUACGAUUUACCACUUCGCGAUAAUCAGAGGAUCUAAUAUAAAGUUCUUCUCUUUUUUUUCCUUCUUGCUCUUGACAGUCUAGAAGUUCUCACAUUCCAUUUCUUCAACGUAAGAGUAUUUACUAAUGAAUAGAGUUUAUGAAUCAUAGCACGAAAACUUGAGUCAUCCAACCGGUAUAAAAUUACAAAGUAAAUUCCUCCGAUCGCAGGAAUUAUUUCGGAAUAAUUUUUAGUUCGAUAAGCGAAAAUUAAUAUUGGAGAAAAGGCGAUAACAAUGAUUGCGAGGCUGAAGAAAACGUGCUAUGACUAUUUACUAAAGAACAAGAGG